CCCCGCCUGCCGGCCCCGGGGUCUGAAGCGCCGGCGGCCCGAGGUCCGGAGGCGAACCCCUUGCUGGUGGAGAGGAGAGACCCCCGGCCCCCGGCCUUUCGCCAAGACUCCGGGUGGAAGCCGCGCGCCGCGCACUGAGCAGGCGUCUCGGGGAGCACUUCUGCAACCCGGGGCUUCCUUGUGAGCCACUCCGUUCUCCCUGCGACCGCCCCGUCCUCCCAGCGGUCUCCGCUGCCCAAGCAUCGGUGCCGUGGGGCUCCCCGGCUGGGGUUCUCGCCGGCCGGCCGGCGUGGGAGACUCGCACGGCCCCGGCUGCCCCGCGCCUCGCCGGAGCCCGAGGGGUCGCGGGUCCGGGGCGAGGGCCGGUCGGGCUCUUUGAUGGCUUCACUGAGAAGAGUCAAAGUGCUGCUGGUGUUGAACUUGAUCGCCGUGGCCGGCUUCGUGCUCUUCCUGGCCAAGUGCCGGCCCAUCGCGGUGCGCAGCGGAGACGCCUUCCACGAGAUUCGGCCGCGCGCCGAGGCGGCCAACCUCAGCGCGCACAGCGCCAGCCCCAUCCAGGAUGCGGUCCUGAAGCGCCUCUCGCUGCUGGAGGACAUCGUCUACCGGCAGCUGAACGGUUUAUCCAAAUCCCUUGGGCUCAUUGAAGGUUAUGGUGGGAGGGGCAAAGGGGGCCUUCCUGCGACCCUUUCCCCGGCUGAAGAAGAAAAAGCCAAGGGCCCCCAUGAGAAGUAUGGCUACAAUUCCUACCUCAGUGAAAAAAUUUCACUGGAUCGCUCCAUUCCGGAUUAUCGUCCCACCAAGUGUAAGGAGCUCAAGUACUCCAAGGAGCUGCCCCAGAUAUCCAUCAUAUUUAUCUUCGUGAACGAGGCCCUGUCGGUGAUCCUGCGGUCAGUGCACAGUGCCGUCAAUCACACGCCCACACACCUGCUGAAGGAAAUCAUUCUAGUGGAUGACAACAGUGAUGAAGAGGAGCUGAAGGCCCCCCUGGAGGAGUACGUCCACAAACGCUACCCUGGGCUGGUGAAGGUGGUGCGCAAUCAGAAGAGAGAAGGCCUGAUCCGGGCACGCAUUGAGGGCUGGAAGGUGGCCACUGGCCAGGUCACUGGUUUCUUCGAUGCCCACGUGGAAUUCACCGCGGGCUGGGCUGAGCCGGUUCUAUCCCGCAUCCAGGAAAACCGGAAGCGUGUGAUUCUCCCCUCCAUUGACAACAUCAAGCAGGACAACUUUGAGGUGCAGCGGUAUGAGAACUCGGCCCACGGAUACAGCUGGGAGCUCUGGUGCAUGUACAUCAGCCCCCCGAAAGACUGGUGGGACGCCGGAGACCCUUCUCUCCCCAUCAGGUCUGUGGUGGAUGAGCUCUGGUGGCCAGGGAGCCUCCAAAUUCAAGGAUAA